GGGAGGAGCUUGGAGGAUCUACAGGUUAGUGACGGAGAUGGACACUAGUGCAGAGGCUUAACUGCUAGAUUGUAAGUGUAUGGGCUUUAUGUGUGCCACCAUUGUGCGCUUUAUAGUGAAAAAUCUGAGGGUCUGGGUGAGGGUUAUUCUGGGUUAUUCAGCGCUAAGCCGUAUGCUGGGGGUUGUAUAGUGAGAAUUCCAGGCUUUGUAGGAGAGACUUCUGGACGCUAAAAAUCCUCCUCUGGCUCCAGGAUUCCCACAGGUGACCUGAUGUAAAUUGGGGUAGUUGGCAGGAACCAUUGUGUAUUAUUCAAGAAUAGGGUGAUGCCAUUCAGUAUAACUGGGAAAAAAAAGUGAUUGCAAUUGAAAAGUUUUGAGGACACUUGUGACAGGAGUGUAUCUCUUAGAGCUCCUUGCUUGACUGGUUUCAGGUGGUGUCUUUUUUUAAUUUUUUUGGCAAAUGCAGUAUUAGGAACAUGAAUUGCCUUGGACUUUGUUAUAUAGCUUAUAUUGUUAAUACAUUUCAGAGCAUUUCCAGUUGAAAAAGUCUACAAAUCUGGACAUACAGGUCGAUCUUGGUUUUUGUUUUUUUAAAUUAUAGAAAUAUAAUACAAGACUGGUUGUACUUGUUUUUGAAAUUUGGUAGCUUUGAUAGAAUGGAGGAUUUUUGGACGUUGUGGAAAAUAAUUGUGUUAAGGUAUUUUCCAAGAGUAUUAAAAAGAAGUUGGGAAGAACUGCUACAGGUGGUUAAAAUAAUUUUAUGGUAAUUAAUUUUUGAAGAAAGUGAAAUGUUUAGUGUGUUUAUAUAAAAGUUGAGGAUGUGCUCAGUAUUGCUGGAAAAUUUUUUUAACAAAACUGCAUUUUUAUAUCACUUUUAUAUGCUCGAUCAAAUAUUUGAUUAUUUUGUUUAUAGGUUGUAAUGCAUAAUUUCUGUUUUUCUUACAUUCAUAUCUGUUAGGUGGAAAAUGUGAAACUUUAGAAACCAUUGUGGUAGUUACUUGGAACAUAUUGUUAUGUGCUAAUACUAGUAUACUUCAGGCUUCUUUCACUUUCUUUGACAUGCCAAAUGUUUUGAUUGUUGCAUAUUGAGAGUUUGGGGCUCUUGGUAUAAUUUUUAGAUGUGAAACUUGAUUUUGUGGGCCAGUGUGUUUUAGGUGCUGAAAUCCAGUGACAGUUUCAUACUGUUUUUAUUCCAUUUUGUAAAGACCCACUUCAUCAUUCAGUUUAGAUGAAUAUUUUUUGUAGAUGUUAUAGGAGAACUUCUUAGUGUCAGUAGUGGUUGCACAAAAGAUGGUUUUAGACAUCCCUUCCCAAAAUGCAGGGACUAUGGUCCAUUUCUGUAUUUCCUGUCUGGCCCACAAGUACUUAAUAAAUGUUCAUGGAAUAAAUAAUUAUUGUUAAAUGUUUUAGUUCAACUAAGAAAAAUAACUUCACCUGAUUUGUAGUUUUAUCAGAUUUUAUUAUCACCACCCAUAGACCUUUUGGUUUGCAGAAUUUAGUUCAUUAAAUUUAAGGCCAGCUUAUAAGAUCAAUAGUGCAGGUGAAUGGGGUCAGCUAGGUUAGAAGUAAUAUUGUUACUUUGAAGUUUAAAUCUAGUAAAAUAAUGAACAUUUUUGUUGGCAUUUGGGGGGACUGAAAAAUAAUAUUAUAGUCUUUUUGGCAAGAGGAAUAACUAUCGUAUUUAGAAAUGUCUUUUGAUUGGCUGCCUUUGAGUACUGACUGGAGGUUAAUGGGAAAGUUGAGUAAUGUGCUAUCAAAGGGGUAUAUCUCCCUCAGUGUCAGAAUUGUUUUAUUAAGAAUGAUCUCAGAAUCUGAAAUGUGAUCCAUUUGGGGAUGGGAACAAAAUCGAGUGGAUGAAGCUGUGCUGUUGGUUGGUUGGUUGGUUGGUUUUUUAUUUAUUUUUGUAAUGCUUAUCAUAAUUUGAUUAUGCUGCUUAUAGUGUUAUGCCCAUUAUGAUUGGUUCUCUGUUGCUCAUCUCUGAGGUGAAUAUUUGAGGAGUACUGGUUUUAGUUUCUUUUAAAUCUGAAGAACUUAGCUGUACUGUACCCUGAUUCUUGUUGAUUAAAGAGUAAUUAUCGGACAAAGUUAAAAUUCACUUUUAGGUGUUUAUUACCAGAUGAAGAGUGGAAAUGGUUAAGUUCUGGUUUGUGCCUUGGCUUCCUGAUAAAAGGGGAUUGUUGUCAGACAUUUUAUUAUGAAAUUCCAGGUGAUUGGAAUGACUAGUAAAUUAAGAAAAUUUGUCCUGUCAUAAUAAUUUUUGUAGCAGAUUUUGUAAUUUGCUCAUGUAUGUAUGUGGUACUUGUAAAGCUGAAGCAAGACCACUGUGUUAGGACUAAUUCUUUAAUAUAAAGUGGAAAAUUUUACUAAGCAGCCUUCUUUGGAUCUUCUGAAAUGUAUCAGGGGACUUAAUAGCAGAUCAGGCCCAUUUUCUCCUUCCCUACCCUUAUGCUCUAGGCAUAGGUAAAACAUGUAUUUGCAUAGAAUUCUUUCAGUCUUAUCCUUCUAAAAUUCACCAAAGUUGGAGGUGAUUGGAAUGGAUUUUUUAUCUUGAUAUCCUGCAUUCCAUUGCUAGCUGACAUUUAGAACACAGGAAUGAGUAGGUUUCCUGGAAAAUAGCGAUGCUUUUAUUAGAUUAUUGUGUUGUUCACAAAGUGAGGCAUAGAAAACAAAAGUACUUCAGUUCUCAGUUUAUAUACCUUGCCUAUUUGAAGGUGGAGGUGUAACAGCAAGAGUAGUGAAGUUCUGGGCUUCUGGCCUGAACUUUCUUUGUACUUCCUUUUGGUAUGGGGUGAGAUUGACUUUCCCCUUUGCUGAAAUAGAAAUCCACAAAUUUAUGUCUAGAUUGAUUUUGUUUUUAUUUAUUUUUGUUUUAUUUAUUUUUAAGAUUGAUUUUGUACUUUACAUUGAACACGUAUACCUUGAACUAGGCAUUUGACAAGUUCAACUGGGCCUCUCAAGUUUUCCUGGUGGCAUGAGGUGUUUCCUCUUUGUUAAAAUUAUUUCUGGCAAUCCUAUACAAAUUUCCGGUAAUAAACCUAGUAUGUUCCUUUCCAGAUGGACAUAAGGUGCUUUAUUGGUUCUGCGAGGGAAGAGGCUAAAGAACUUGUUUCCCUCACCUCUAGGGCACAUGUCCUGGCCCCACACAUCUUUUGAAUUGCAAUCUCCAAUAAUGGAUGUCUGUUUAUCACAAGUGCUUAUCGAGAAAAUUACCCCAGUUGUUUAGCCAGUAACCUUUAUGUAAAGCAAGUUUUUUUCUGUUUCACAUUUCCUUUUGUGACCAGUUUAAAUGAGUUUGAAAACUCUUUAGAUUUCAUUAGGAUUGAUUUAUACAAAAUAAAAGAUUAAUACAAUGCUGUGGGCUUUUGAAGGCAUUGUUUAUAAGGUAUUUGCAUAGCUUUUUGUGGCAAAACAAUCUCGCUGUUCUUGAGUAAUUUGAGUUGUUGUCUAGAAGAUGUUUGGCUUGUCCUUUAGAAAAGUUUGGAGUAACAGUAAAAAUUUUAAAUGUUUUGCUUUUUAUGAUAUUAAGCUCACUGAUGGUAUCUUGAUCUUGAAAGAUAAUAGUUAAAAAUGAGCAUCAUUGUAAUAGUAUUCUGUUGGUAAUCUUAAUACCUAACAGUGACAAUUUUCUUCUACUUUAUUUCUUUGAAUUAAAAAAUGAUCUUUUGAAUCCAGUUGCCUGAUCAUUUGGUCAUUUAUAUUGCUUUUGAAUUGUUCAUAAUUUCACCAGUUUGGGAUAAAUUCCAGUGAAAGAAGAGUGAUCUGUUUUUACUUUGGGAAGUACUCUUAAUAUGCCAGGUGUUUUUAGGGAUUUUAAAAAAUAAGUUUCUUGGGACUCCUACGGUGUUAGAAGAAAAAACACUUUUCCUUAAUAUUUUGAACUAGGAAUUAGUCCUUAUAGCCAGAUCUGUCUCUAUUUUUUUAUGUUUGAUGCUAUUUUGGUGUAAAGGACAAUGUAUUAAAAGAGUAAUUGCAAUAAUUUUCAUGAGUACCCUUGAAUUGAUUACUUAAUUUGUCCAGGAACUGUUAUUGUGUGAACUUAUUAUUGUGCUUUUACAUCAGAAAUUUGGUGAGAACGUGAGAAAAUAGGUUGUAGUUGGACUUGUGUUAUGGAGUUUUCUGGACUGGUUUUAUCAAGUGAUAAAAGCACUUACCUGCUGUGAAGCUGAGAGCUUUAUGACUGUUUUAGUUUUCAGUCGAUUGAUUCUUGGGCUGAUUUGUGACACAUUCAUGAUGUAUGUAAAUAUAUAAUGUUUUGAGAAAUACUCAAAUUUUAAAGCAAUACCGAGUAAUAAGCAUGUGUAGGAUUUGGUACAUAUCUCUUCUUCUUCUUCUUCUUCUUCCUCUUCUUCAUCAUAUGCAUUCUAAUGAAGUUCUCUGGUUUCAGACUUGCCUUGGUAAUGUACAGUUCAGUGUGGCCUGUGCGUGUUUUGUGUUUCCUGCAUUGAUUUUUGCCUCCGUUUAUUCUCUAUUGCAGUCUAAAAGUUGGUUUUAAUUGGUUGCCCACAGGAUUGACAUGGCCUCUACUUCUUGUUAAGAAAAUACAUCUCUUGUUUUAUCAGGUGUGUGUGGUUUCAGCGCAGCAUGGCUGUGGUCAUCCGUUUGCAAGGUCUCCCGAUUGUGGCGGGGACCAUGGACAUUCGCCACUUCUUCUCUGGAUUGACCAUUCCUGAUGGGGGCGUGCAUAUUGUAGGGGGUGAACUGGGUGAGGCUUUCAUCGUUUUUGCCACUGAUGAAGAUGCAAGGCUUGGUAUGAUGCGCACAGGUGGUACAAUUAAAGGGUCAAAAGUAACACUAUUAUUGAGUAGUAAAACGGAAAUGCAGAAUAUGAUUGAACUGAGUCGUAGGCGUUUUGAAACUGCCAACUUAGAUAUACCACCAGCAAAUGCUAGUAGAUCAGGACCACCACCUAGCUCAGGAAUGAGUGGCAGGGUUAACUUGCCUACAACAGCACCCAAUUUUAAUAAUCCUUCACCCAGUGUAGUUACUGCCACCACUUCUGUUCAUGAAAGCAACAAAAACAUACAGACAUUUUCCACAGCCAGCAUAGGAACGGCUCCUCCAAAUAUGGGAACUUCAUUUGGGAGCCCAACGUUUAGCUCAACCAUUUCGAGCACAGCCUCUUCAAUGAACACAGUCCCACCACCACCAAUUCCUCCAAUCCCAGCAAUGCCAUCUUUACCACCAAUGCCAUCCAUUCCCCCAAUACCAGUUCCUCCUCCGGUACCUACAUUGCCUCCUGUGCCUCCUGUGCCCCCAAUUCCUCCAGUCCCUUCUGUGCCACCCAUGACCCCACUGCCACCUAUGUCGGGCAUGCCACCCUUGAACCCACCACCUGUGGCACCUCUACCUGCUGGAAUGAAUGGCUCUGGAGCACCUAUGAAUCUGAACAAUAACCUGAACCCUGUGUUUCUGGGUCCAUUGAAUCCUGUUAAUCCUAUCCAGAUGAAUUCUCAAAGCAGUGUGAAACCACUUCCCAUCAACCCUGAUGAUCUGUAUGUCAGUGUGCAUGGAAUGCCCUUUUCUGCAAUGGAAAAUGAUGUCAGAGAUUUUUUUCAUGGGCUCCGUGUUGAUGCAGUGCAUUUGUUGAAAGAUCAUGUAGGUCGAAAUAAUGGGAAUGGAUUGGUUAAGUUUCUCUCCCCUCAAGAUACAUUCGAAGCCUUGAAACGAAAUAGAAUGCUGAUGAUACAACGCUAUGUGGAAGUUAGUCCUGCAACAGAGAGACAGUGGGUAGCUGCUGGAGGCCAUAUCACUUUUAAGCAAAGUAUAGGACCCUCUGGACAAACCCAUCCCCCUCCUCAGACACUUCCCAGGUCAAAAUCGCCCAGUGGGCAGAAAAGGUCAAGGUCAAGAUCACCACAUGAGGCUGGUUUUUGUGUUUACUUGAAAGGGCUACCAUUUGAAGCUGAAAACAAACAUGUCAUUGAUUUUUUUAAAAAGUUGGAUAUUGUGGAAGAUAGUAUUUAUAUCGCUUAUGGACCAAAUGGGAAAGCAACUGGUGAAGGCUUUGUGGAGUUCAGGAAUGAGGCUGACUAUAAGGCUGCUCUGUGUCGUCAUAAACAAUACAUGGGCAAUCGCUUUAUUCAGGUUCAUCCAAUUACUAAGAAAGGUAUGCUAGAAAAGAUAGAUAUGAUUAGAAAAAGACUGCAGAACUUUAAUUAUGACCAGAGAGAAAUGAUGUUAAAUCCGGAGGGGGAUGUCAGCUCUACCAAAGUCUGUGCUCACAUAACAAAUAUUCCAUUCAGCAUUACCAAGAUGGAUGUUCUUCAGUUCCUAGAAGGAAUCCCAGUGGAUGAAAAUGCUGUCCAUGUUCUUGUUGAUAACAAUGGGCAAGGUCUAGGACAGGCAUUGGUUCAGUUUAAAAAUGAAGAUGAUGCACGUAAGUCUGAACGCUUACACCGUAAAAAACUUAAUGGGCGAGAAGCUUUUGUUCAUGUAGUUACUCUAGAAGAUAUGAGAGAGAUUGAGAAAAAUCCCCCUGCCCAAGGAAAAAAGGGGUUAAAGAUGCCUGUGCCAGGUAAUCCUGCAGUUCCAGGAAUGCCCAGUGCUGGAAUCCCUAGUGCUGGAAUGCCCAGUGCUGGAAUCCCCAGUGCCGGAAUGCCUAGUGCCGGAAUGCCCAGUGCCGGAAUGCCCAAUGCUGGAAUUCCCAAUGCGGGAAUGCCCAAUGUGGGAAUGCCCAGUGUGGGAAUGCCCAAUGCAGGAAUGCCUAGUGCAGGAGGUGAAGAGCAUGCCUUCCUGACUGUAGGAUCUAAGGAGGCCAAUAAUGGACCUCCAUUUAAUUUUCCUGGUAAUUUUGGUGGGCCAAAUGCCUUUGGGCCACCACUUCCUCCUCCAGGAUUAGGAGGAGCCUUUGGUGAUGUUAGGCCUAGUAUGCCUUCAGUUGGAAAUAGUGGUUUGCCUGGUCUAGGACUGGAUGUUCCAGGUUUUGGAGGUGGACCAAAUAAUUUAAGUGGGCCAGGAUUUGGAGGGGGGCCUCAGAAUUUUGGAAAUGUCCCUGGUGGCUUAGGUGGCCCCCCUGGCUUUGGAAGUGGCCCUCCUGGUCUUGGAAAUGCCCCUGGCCAUUUGGGUGGGCCGCCAGCCUUUGGGCCUGGGCCUGGGCCUGGCCCAAUCCACAUUGGUGGUCCCCCUGGCUUUGGAUCUAGUUCUGGAAAACCAGGACCGACAGUAAUUAAAGUGCAGAACAUGCCCUUCACUGUGUCUAUUGAUGAGAUUUUAGAUUUCUUUUAUGGUUAUCAAGUGAUCCCAGGCUCAGUUUGUUUAAAAUACAAUGAAAAAGGUAUGCCCACAGGUGAAGCCAUGGUGGCCUUUGAAUCUCGAGAUGAAGCCACAGCUGCUGUCAUUGAUUUAAAUGACAGACCUAUAGGCUCAAGGAAAGUAAAACUUAUGGCCCACUGCGUGACCUUGGUUCAGCUGUCCAUUUCCUGUGACCACCUCAUUGACAAGGACAUCGGCUCCAAGUCUGACCCACUCUGCGUCCUUUUACAGGAUGUGGGAGGGGGCAGCUGGGCUGAGCUUGGACGGACUGAGCGAGUACGGAACUGCUCGAGCCCCGAGUUCUCCAAAACUCUGCAGCUUGAGUACCACUUUGAAACAGUCCAGAAGCUCCGGUUUGGCAUCUAUGACAUAGACAACAACACACCUGAGCUGGGGGAUGAUGACUUCCUAGGAGGGGCUGAGUGUUCCCUAGGACAGAUUGUGUCCAGCCAGAUACUAACUCUACCCUUGAUGCUGAAGCCUGGAAAACCUGCUGGGCAGGGGACCAUCACGGUCUCAGCUCAGGAGUUGAAGGAUAGCCGUGUAGUAACCAUGGAGGUGGAGGCCAGAAACCUAGAUAAGAAGGACUUCCUGGGGAAAUCUGAUCCAUUCUUGGAGUUCUUCCGCCAGGGUGAUGGGAAAUGGCACCUGACAUACAGAUCUGAGGUAAUCAAGAACAACCUGAACCCUACGUGGAAGCGCUUCUCUGUUCCUCUUCAGCAUUUCUGUGGGGGAGACCCCAGCACACCUAUCCAGGUGCGAUGCUCAGACUAUGACAGUGAUGGCUCACAUGAUCUCAUUGGUACCUUCCACACAAGCUUGGCCCACCUGCAAGCAGCCCCGGCUGAGUUUGAAUGCAUCCACCCUGAAAAACAGCAGAAAAAGAAGAGCUACAAGAACUCUGGAACUGUCCGUGUCAAGAUUUGCCAGGUAGAAACAGAGUAUUCAUUCCUGGACUAUGUGAUGGGAGGCUGUCAAAUCAACUUUACUGUGGGUGUGGACUUCACAGGCUCCAAUGGAGAUCCCUCCUCACCUGACUCCCUGCACUACCUGAGCCCAACAGGGGUCAACGAGUACCUGACAGCACUGUGGAGCGUGGGCAACGUGGUUCAGGACUAUGACUCGGACAAGAUGUUCCCAGCAUUUGGAUUUGGGGCCCAGGUACCCCCUGACUGGCAGGUCUCCCAUGAAUUUGCUUUGAACUUCAAUCCCAGUAACCCCUACUGUGCAGGUAUCCAGGGUAUUGUGGAUGCCUACCGUCAGGCCCUGCCCCAAGUUCGCCUCUAUGGCCCCACCAAUUUUGCUCCCAUCAUCAACCAUGUGGCCAGGUUUGCAGCCCAGGCUGCACAUCAAAGGACUGCUUCGCAAUACUUUGUGCUGUUGCUGCUGACUGAUGGUGCUGUGACUGAUGUGGAGGCCACACGUGAGGCUGUAGUUCGUGCCUCUCACCUGCCCAUGUCAGUGAUCAUUGUCGGAGUGGGUGGUGCUGACUUUGAGGCCAUGGAGCAGCUGGAUGCUGAUGGUGGACCCCUGCGCACACGUUCUGGGGAGGGAGCUGCCCGUGACAUAGUGCAGUUUGUGCCCUACCGCCGCUUUCAGAAUGCCCCUCGGGAAGCAUUGGCGCAGACUGUGCUUGCAGAAGUACCUGUGCAACUGGUCUCCUACUUCAAGACCCAAGGUUGGGCCCCAUGCAAGCCACUUUCACUCCCACCCAAGGGCCCUGCACAGGCCCCUCAGGCCUAAAUUGUCUCGGAUAGGUUGUGGCUGGUCCUCAGCCCAAGGUCCAUAUGGACCAGCACCCACCCCUGCACACGCUUCCCAGGGCUAGCACUUUAUAUUUUAUACUUUUAUACUUGCUCCUGCUAUUGCUGCUCUUGAUCCCACCUUCUUGCCCCUGGAGCCCCUCAUUCAAUAAAGAUCAGUGAUGACCACUG